GGGAGAGCUGUCAGCCGACGCUGCUCACCCAUGCCGGUCAGUCCAUGAUGUGCGCUGCUGUGCCGCAUGCCUUCCCAAGGCAGCACUCUUCCGGCUCCGCUGUUCUGAGUGAGCGGCUCCUCGAGUUGUUUUAAGUCUCACUGCUGUCCUUUGGUUUCAAUUUCUUUUUCUCCUACUUCACAAUAAUCGUCUGUUUUGCUUCAUUCUGUCUUCUGUGUUGGUCUGCGUUUCCGUAACCCUUGUAUAUUUUUGUACUAUAUGCGUUGGUCUCGGUUGGUAUAUGCAAACGAAGUGCAAGGGGCUUCAAGUAUGGCAUCGUCCUUUAGUGCGACCAUGUUUGAUGCUUUGGGCCAGUACGAUGCGUUAAAGAUGUUUGUUUGGGACUCAUUGGUACCAAAAAAAUGGGAGUACGAAAGACGGCGAGCUCGCCUAGAGAGGAACCGAUAUGCCAUAGAACAGAAAUGGCAGACUACCGACCAUAUCAACUUCGAAUACAACGAUGCACCAAUGUACGAAUACCAGCCAUUAGUAGCCACUGCUUCCAUACGACUCUUGAUUAUAAAUCCCGGAUCACUUGACGAGCAUAUUGACUGCUCAAUGCAAGAGUACCCAUUGGAUGAAUGUCCUGCAUUUUCGGCACUUUCCUAUACUUGGGGUAGUCAGAUCCAGGACCACCGCAUUUAUACUGACGGAAAAGUCCUUGGAGUGACUCAGAACUUGUGGCAUGCUCUUUGGAGGCUUCGUUCCCCAGACACGCAACAGGUUCUCUGGAUAGAUGCGGUCUGCAUCAACCAAAAGGACCAUCGGGAGCGCGGAGAGCAGGUACGACAAAUGGAGCGAAUAUAUUCGCAAGCAGCAAUUGUCACGAUCUGGCUUGGAGAGGAAUCCGAAGACAGUGCGCUUGCUUUCGAGUUGACCAAACGCGUCUAUUCAGUUGCAAAAGAUGACCCUCUGUCCGAGAUUAACCAGAAGUUAGGUGCAGAGGGUCUCGCCAGAAAAGGCUUGCCAGAGCCGAACAGUGCCGACUGGAGAGCCUUCGAGGUCCUUUUCCGUAGGCCUUGGUUCAGACGAUGCUGGAUUAUUCAGGAGAUCGUUCUAGCCCAGGAGGCCAUGGUUGUCUGCGGCUCCCAAUGGGUGUGGUGGGAAGAGCUCAAGACCGCCGCCUGGUAUAUCCGUAUGCACAGCAUUCCCGUCAAUCACACUGUCAACAUCACCAGUCUUACCGCCUACCAAAGACGGUAUCGAGAGGGCCGAAACAUGCCAUUGCUAGAACUGUUGCUUUUCAGCACAGCAAACGGUGCUACAGACCCACGAGACAAAGUGUACUCAUUCCUGGGAAUUUGCUCCAGCAUCGAUUCUUGUCAGAUUUUGCCUGACUACAACGCUUCCACUGAAGAGGUUUAUCGGGAAACAGCAUUGAUGCACCUGCGCCGUGGCAACCUGGACAUACUUAACGGGCUGGCCGAUCUGCGUUACCGUAUUACGCCAGGUUUACCUUCCUGGGUGCCAGAUUGGGCUUUUGAAUCACGCACCAAGCCACUGGUACCUGGUCUCGUGAACGCCGGAGGCAGUGGCGAUGCGAGUUUUCGUUUGUCCGAGGAUUCGCGAACACUGUUCUUGUCGGGUGUCAGAUCGGAUACUGUCCGCACCGUAGGCGGCUGGAUGGCAGCUAACUACGCUGACAUGGCUCCAGGGCGGAUUUUACCACACAUGGUGAAUGAUGUUAUGCUCGUAGAUCUGCGCGUAAGACUUCUACUUCUCUGGCAGCGACUAGCAUCCACCCUUGACACAUAUCCUACUGGAGAGACUGUAAUGGAAGCAUUCCAGCGCACGAUCGUCGCUAGUAUACAGCGAUGGCGAGAAGAGUGGGAAAUCGGACCACAUAUCAGCACGUUAUACGAUGCGCUCAUGGCGGCGCGGUUGGAUCCGGCAUUCACUAUGCCCGAAGAUCCUUUAUGGCAAAAGUAUGCAGCUUCGACGCAGGAGGACCCUAUCACAAUCAGAACGGCCGCAAUCAACUAUGCCACAGCGUUUAAGGCCGCUUCCCCGGAACGCCGGUUCUUCGUCACGCGGAAGGGAUACAUGGGACUUGGUCCGCGCUCCACUAGGCCCGGCGACAAGAUCUGCGUCUUUGUGGGUGCCAAGACUCCUUUUGUUCUCCGUCAACGGAAAAACGGCUUGCACCAAGCGAUAGGUGAAUGUUAUGUGCAUGGCAUCAUGCACGGCGAAAGCCUGGUGGGCGACAAUCCCGUGGAAGAGGUCGGCUUGGCCUGAGGAGGCAAUGAUGAGCGAAACGCAACCCAAGAUCCUCCUGGGACUGAGAUUCACCACGUGAACGUGGUUUGCGAUUGCCGCAGCCGCGCACGAGCAGCAUCGGAGCCAUUUCGAAAUUGGAUACGAGAAGUGAAAAACGCAAGGACAAAAUCACCACGCGUUCCGGCACAAGCGGCACCCCUGAUAAGAAGGCGUCGAAGGAUCAGCUCGCAACAAAGACUCGGAUGUUUUAAAAAAACGUUAUCUGGUCUGGAGCAUACCUGAAUAUAGGGGAUGGCUUUAAGGGAGGUCGUUGCGAGAUCCAAGACCCCUAUCCUGAUCGGGUAACGCGCAUGCUCAGCCCGAUGUUUCGGUUCGC